AUGGCGCCCAUCAACACCAACAAUGUGCUCAUCCGUCUGCAAGAACAGUCCGUCGGUGAACGUUCGUUCCUUGAAGCUUCCUUUGUCGACUACGGCGAGGUAGCUCGACUGAACGAAGAACGGGUCGACGACGUCGCCAACCCGAUCUUGGAGAAGUUUGUCAACAACCUUGGACCAGAGGGUAUCGGUACUCUGACAAACUUUACCGCAGGCGGUUUUCGACACUUCCCGUAUGCCCUAUACGCUGUUGACGUGAAGUCCCAACCUUCCUUGCGGCCAACUGUACGGUUCGCGGAACAGAAGCACUAUCUCAGUGGUAAGCAUCACCUGUAUGGUUACAAGAUCGAGGCGGCGGUCUCACCGGAUGAGCGCUGUGUUGCAAUGUCCAACGCACAUCCUGGGUUUGUGCACGAUCUUACGUUCCUGCAUACACGCCGUGAGCCGCACACGACCAACUUGACCAAGUCAGCCUGCGAAGCUGCUUUGCCUGACCAUGGUGAACUGUCAGCUGAGUACAUGACGACAUGGGCUUGCCUCGUGGACAUGGGGUUCAUUGGUGUUAACCAUACGCUGCGUGGAAUUCAUCCGAAGCGCAGCCCGCAGACUGGAUUCUUGGACGCCGCUGACGUGGAGCGCAACCUCCGGGUGUCGUCCGACCAUGUGGUCGUCGAGAACUUCUUCGGCCGCGUGUAUUCCUUCUGGAAGGUGUCCUACGCCACGUUCACAUGGGGUGAGAAGAUCUAUGGAGUCAUUCAACGCACGACAUUUGCGUUGACCAACUUUCACCUCUCGUUGAUACCCGCGCGCGCUGAAGCCGAAGACUACUAUGCGUUGGUCAUGGUACGCUACCAAGGGAUGGCGAACUAA